AUGCCUGAGUUCAACCCCAAUAUCAUUGGAUUGCGGGCAGUGUUCCCAUCGUCGACGGCGAGGCUACACUACUGCCGAUGGCACAUACCUAAGACUUGGGGAAGGAAAGUAGAAGAACGAGGUGGGGUUCGUUGUCAAUUUUGGACAGUCCCAUUUGGCGCAUGCUUUCCUGAAAACUUUCCUCACCAUCGAGAGCGCAUUAACAACGAUCUGAAGCAAAUCCUUCUUAUUGGACCGCUCAAUACUUUUCAAUUGAAAUUCGGACAACUUUUAGCCUAUGCCUAUUUGGACGUCGAAAAACGGCACAGAAUACUUGCGAUCCGACUACCUAGGCACGUCCCAUCAUUCUCGCUAAAUUCCGGCAGAGCGACUAGCUGGACAUCUUUCGGCAUCCAUAAUGGGAGCCAUAAUGGGCACAACUAUGCUAAGAAUGCGAACUCACGAGUCGAUUGCUUCGUGGAAUUGUUGAGAAGAGCCGUAGAGGAUCUAGCCGAUUCUAACGAAAACCGGCGUCGACUCGCGACUGCAAGUUGUUGGACGCAACAAACAUCCAAACGGCAUCGUUUAGCACCACAAUUGUAUAAGAAAAAUCCGCAGAAGAUAUCCGAGACUGGCAGUAACACAUGGGAGAUUAGGGGAAAAAAAUCCAGAGUAGAAGGCAAAAUGGGGAUGUACUUGCUCACCAACAUAGAAUGUGCACUGUCCUUUGUGCGGAGUGUGCCCCUAUACAGGGAAUACCGGCUCUGUUGUUCAGACAACUGCAUAGCCUACGUGGCUAUGCAGUUUCUGGACAACAGAGCCCAUAUUCCCUGUAUCCAUCGGCAUGCGGUAAAAAUCCUUAAAGGCCCAGCUGUUUCUGAAGGAGACCCGCCGUCUCAUCUAGUAAAUCAAGGCUCUAAGGAUAUCCCACCAUCUGGAGAUGUAGCUAGUGAAUUACAGAGCCAACUGGAGACAAGAAAAACAAUCAGGAAUGAGAUUGAGCUAGCAUUCUCAGUUGUCAGCACGAACGUGAGUAGACUGGUCAACACAGACACCGAUGAGACUUUGUCAAGUCUUUGCGAUAUUCGCGACCUUAUCACUGCGGCACCAAAAAUGGUUUUGGUAUCGAGCUCAGUGAGACCUGAGAUUGCUGCACGUCCUGAACUUACGGGGCCUGGAAGAAAACCGCUUCUCCAAAGAACGGCACUCGACAGGAUGAGAUGGUAUCGAUCAUGCAUUAGAGUCAGCGUUACUGUGGGCAAUGGAAGCACUCAUUUCAGAGAUCAGAGUAAAGAUAACAGUGCGACAUGA